AUGUACUUAGUACACCCCUUCAAUCUCUGCACGCUCGCUAGCCGUUGGUUUGGCGGCAGCCCGCCAGCCGCCACGGCUGCCCGAGAGCCAAGGACGGUGGAGGGAGCCCGGUGCUCAAGCCAGGCGAGCUUCCACCUGCUGAGUUUCCACCAGCAGUCCCUUGGAAAGUUUGGUAGUUACCUUUAUAUUAUUGUUAUUAAGGGAAAAUGUCCUGAAGAUGGAUGGGAUGAAAGCACCAUUGAACUGUUUCUUCAUGAACUUGCUAUAAUGGAUAGCAAUAACUUUCUGGGCAACUGUGGUGUGGGUGAGAGGGAAGGAAGAGUGGCGUCAGGACUCGUUGCCCGAAGGCAUUACAGGCUGAUCCAUGGAAUUGGAAGGUCAGGUGAUAUUUCUGCAGUCCAGCCUAAAGCUGCAGGGUCUAGCCUUUUGAACAAACUUACUAAUUCAGUAGUUCUGGAUAUUAUAAAGCUGGCUGGUGUCCGGACGGUGACCAAUUGCUUUGUGGUUCCUAUGGCAACUGGCAUGAGUCUAACUCUGUGUUUUUUAACACUGCGGCACAAGAGACCAAAGGCAAAGUACAUUAUCUGGCCACGGAUAGACCAGAAAUCUUGCUUUAAAUCAAUGAUAACUGCAGGUUUUGAGCCUGUGGUGAUAGAAAAUGUGUUAGAAGGUGAUGAGCUACGGACAGACAUCGAAGCAGUGGAGGCUAAAAUCCAGGCUCUUGGUGCUGAAAAUAUUCUUUGUGUACAUUCUACAACGUCUUGCUUUGCUCCAAGGGUACCUGAUAGGCUGGAGGAACUGGCUGUGAUUAGUGCUAAUUAUGACAUUCCCCAUAUUGUCAACAAUGCAUAUGGAGUUCAGUCUUCGAAAUGUAUGCAUCUUAUCCAGCAGGGUGCUCGAGUAGGCAGAAUAGAUGCUUUUGUUCAGAGCUUGGACAAAAAUUUUAUGGUUCCAGUAGGUGGUGCUAUCAUUGCUGGCUUCAAUGAGUCCUUCAUUCAGGAGAUCAGCAAAAUGUAUCCAGGAAGAGCAUCUGCAUCUCCUUCUUUAGAUGUCCUCAUUACGCUUCUGUCUCUAGGUGCCAGUGGCUACAAACAGUUGCUGAAAGAGAGAAAGGAGAUGUUUUCCUAUCUUUCAAGUGAGCUGAAGAAGCUGGCAGAUAUCCAUAAUGAGAGAUUGUUAGACACACCACAUAAUCCCAUUUCCUUAGCCAUGUCACUGAAGAAUCUUGAUGAAAAUAAUGAUGCUGCUGUUACCCAGCUUGGAUCUAUGCUUUUCACAAGACAAGUUUCUGGAGCGAGGGUUGUUCCCUGUGGGUCUGUACAAACAGUGAAUAACUACACUUUUAAAGGCUUCAUGUCACAUACAAAUGACUAUCCCUGUGCUUACCUCAAUGCUGCCUCAGCAAUUGGAAUUAAAAAGCAAGAUGUAGAUGUGUUCCUGAAAAGACUUGACAAGUGUUUGAAGACUUCUAGAAAAGAAGCCAAGAAAGAAAAAAGUGUAAAUGAAAUAGGUAAUUCUGAUACAGGCACAGAACACCUUGAAGAGUAGGUGAUAGAGAUGUGGUAACACAGGAAGAUACGCUUUUGUUUGAAGGAUGUCAGGUUUGUAUUGGGUUAGCAUUGGGAAUCAGCAGUGGAGAAAAUUUAUUCCUGAUCUGAAAUCAACAGCAACAAAAAAACUUGGGUGAAAUUCAGCUUUAAAGAAAGUAGGUGA